AUUAAAAAGAAAAGUAAACUAUACAAAAUGGAUUCUCAAUUGGAACCAAACAAGUACCCAAAACACGGCCACAAUCUCAUCACCACUCGAAGCGGUCGAGUUGUGCGUUCACCUGCGCAGAUAGAUCGUGAGCAUUGCAGGGAGCAAUGUGUGGGCGAGUGGACGCUUGAUAACAUGGGAUGUGGGAGUAGUCAAAAAGACCAGACGAGAUCUCGUUUGCUCAUCUAUCUAGAUUUAAGUGAGCCUGCGGCCAUUGUACACUGUGAACCAGCAGCUGCAGCUGUAGUUGAUGAAGAUGUUGAGCUGAGAAGAGGCCUGGAUAAGUUUCUGGUGCUAUUUAAAUUGCUGAAGCAGAAACUAUUUGAAGACAAUGUGCUGCGCAUCAAUGCCAACUACUUUGAGCAGCAAACGCCGCAGCAGCUCAAGGAGCCCAUCGAACUGAGCGCCCUGCCCAGCGAGGCGAAACGAGCCCGUAUUUGCUGCUGGCACAAGAGGCUGGUGCAACAAAUCCAGGAGCAGCAGCUGUACUUCUAUAGCUUCCUGAGCUCGCUAAGUCCGGACACGCCUCUUGCCCUGUGUCAUCCGUUUGCGCUCAGCUAUCGCCAGGAGAGCUUUGACAGCUGUAAAGCGCGAUUGGCCAAGUCUUUGUUUAGCCUGUUUAACCACGUGAUUUUCUAUUGUGGCCUGCGGCAGUGCAUCGAGUGGCAGCAAAACAAGAAGCAGCCCAGUAGCUGUGUCCUGAGCCUUGCGUCUGACAGGCAGCGUCGCGCGCGCUACCAGCUCUCGGCAAAUAUUCGAGAGUCCAGCAUGCUUAUUGAGACGCUGCUUCAUCAGAUGUGCCACGCGGCUGCCUAUGUAUACAAUGGCGAAACUGCACAUGGCCACAACACGCAGAAGUGGGCCUGUCGCGCCAAGUUCUUGCUGCCGCAGCUGCCUCUGCUAGUUGAAUGCGCAGCUAGCUACAAGUACAGCUGCGUCCUGUGCCGCCGCAGCUCCUAUGGCAACAUGCGGUUUCAGGGCAAGCUAAAGCUGCUGCGCUGCUACCACUGCCAAUUCGAGCUUGUCGUGAGUGCCUGCAGCGCUGACACUACACACGGGGUGCCGCUUAGCGAACAGCAGGAGACGUCCUACAUGAUCUUCCUACGCGCCCACUACUUGAAGUGUGAACAGACCGGGCACAGCUCCAAGAUGCGCGCACUCAAUGCCGCGUACUUCCAACUGUAUAAACUGUAAAGGACCAUGGAAUUCAUGAUUUUCAUAAACCUAUAUAUUUUAUUUUAUUUAUUUAAAUGCAUAAGUGUAUUAAAUAUUU